AUGGCUUCUUCCGCUCCUUCUUCUUCACAAGCUCCUCCCGCACAAGCACCUGUCGCUCCGGCUCCUGCUCCUGGUCGUGCUGCUCAAAGCUCUCGCACCGCGAUCUGCCCCGAGUGCCAGGACUCGUUUGCCGAGAGGGCCCUGACGCGGCACAGGGCCACUCGUCAUGGGGUGAACAGGCGGACCUUCACGUGCGACAUCUGCAACAUGGAGUUCCCAAGAAACGACGCCCUCAGGGACCAUAGGGCGAACAGCCACGGGGUUCACAACCCCACGACAGCCGAACAGGACGAGGUCGACCCCAUCAAGGUCGGCCGAUACAACAAGACCGUGCUCGCCAACGGCAUCAUCGAGGCCAGCGAUGGCCUCAACACCAUCAAGCAGGACUGCCUAGCCCUCGGCGCCCGGGUCGCGGAUUUCCCGGACAUCAUGGUCCGGCACGGCGGUGACUCAUUCGGCGACCUCAUGGCGCUGAAGAAGCACGAGCUGGUCCAGAUGCUCCUGGAUCUCCGGAUCCUCCGCAGAACGUGGAGGGAGAACCAGCGGGGGCUGGAACAGAACUGA